AUUUAGAUAAAUUAUGGUGAAUAAUAGUGUGUAUAUUUGUAUAUUAUGCCUAUAUUUUGCAAGUUUUAAAUUACUGCUUCACCGUUUGAUUCUUUGCACCAAUCGUGCAAGACACCUAGAAAUAAAAGCAAUGGUUCUUAACUUGAGCUAACACAAGCCGGUGUCCCAAAUAUAUAAUUGGAGGCUUUCAAGAUGGCUGCAGUCAGUGUUGAAGCUGUUACUUUGGACGACAAGGGCAAGGGGGUUAUUUCUGUUGUAAGAAGAGCAGAUUCAGAAAGGCUUCGACAGGUUUUUCUUAAAUAUGCAAGUAUUGAGAAAAAUGGAGAGUAUUAUAUGACCCCUACUGACUUUGUUCGAGGAUAUCUGGGUUUGUACCAAGAAUCAAACUAUAAUCCAACUACUGUUCAGCUUCUGGGCAACAUUCUUGAUACCUCCAAAGAUGGCCUUAUAUCAUUUCCGGAAUUUAUUGCAUUUGAAGGACUUUUAUGUCAUCCAGAUGCUCUUUAUCGAGCAGCAUUUCAACUAUUUGAUACAAAUGGCUCUGGAUAUGUCACUCAUGAUGAAUUUGAAGAAAUUGUUGGCUACACUACACUGCAUCAGAAGAUCCCAUUUGACUUCAAAAGUGAAUUCAUGAGAUUGCAUUUUGGUGAUGAUCGAAAACGUACAGUCAGCUAUACAGAAUUUUCUCAAGUUCUCCAUGAUUUUCAUGAAGAACAUGCAGUUCAGGCUUUCAGACGAUACGAUAAGAAGAAGAUUGGUGCUAUUACUUCUUUAGACUUCAGUGAUAUUAUGAUAUCUGUUAAAAGCCACUUACUGACAGAAAGUGUGAAGCAAAAUUUAGUUGCUGUUACUGGGGGACACGUGGUGACAUUUCCAUAUUUCAUGGCAUUUAACAGUCUCUUAAACAACAUGGAAUUGGUGAAGAGAAUCUAUUUGAACUUUACAAAAGGAAACGUGAAUCAGGAAGUAACUAAAGAGGAAUUCCUCUAUGCUGCUCAGCAAAUUUCGGCACUGACUCCAAUGGAAGUAGAGAUUCUUUUUCAGUUGUCAGGCUUUGUUCAUCAAAGAACUGGGAGAGUAGUUUACCAUGACCUAGAAAAAAUUGCUCCUCGGAGGUUUGCAAAACUUUUGUCCAGACCCUUUGCAGAAGUGAAAGCUGUUGAAAGUGCUGCAGACAGAAGUAUAGGAAUUCAGAUUCUAGAAAGCUUGUACAGAUUUUUCCUUGGAUCUAUUGCUGGAGCGGCUGGAGCUACUGUGGUAUAUCCCAUUGAUCUUGUUAAAACCCGGAUGCAAAAUCAGAGGACAGGCUCCUACAUUGGUGAACUUAUGUACCGAAACAGUUUUGACUGUGCUUCAAAAGUUAUUCGACAUGAGGGGUUUUUGGGCCUUUAUCGUGGACUUCUUCCACAGCUUGUUGGAGUUUGUCCUGAGAAAGCUAUCAAGCUAACGGUGAAUGACUUUGUGCGUGACAAAAUGAUGAAAGAAUCUGGAAGUAUCCCACUUUGGGGGGAGAUCCUAGCUGGCGGCUGUGCUGGUGGCUCUCAGGUCAUGUUCACCAAUCCUUUAGAGAUAGUGAAAAUCCGUCUACAAGUAGCUGGAGAGUUGGCUGCAUUAGGAUCUAAAGUUCGUGCUGUGGGAGUUAUCAGAGAGCUUGGAUUUAGGGGACUUUAUAAGGGCUCAAGAGCAUGCUUCCUGAGAGAUAUUCCUUUCUCUGCCAUUUACUUCCCUGUAUAUGCUCAUACCAAACUGCUCACAGCAGAUGAGAGUGGACAUAAUGGACCAUUGUCUCUCCUAGCAUCUGCAUUUAUAGCAGGUGUACCAGCUGCAUAUCUAGUUACUCCUGCAGAUGUCAUCAAGACUAGACUGCAGGUCCAAGCCAGACAAGGACAGACUACAUACAGUGGUGUGAUGGAUGCCUUCAGGAAAAUAUUUAAGGAAGAAGGGAUUACAGCAUUCUUCAAGGGGGGUCCAGCUCGAGUCUUCCGAUCUUCUCCUCAGUUUGGGUUUACUCUGUUGACGUACGAGAUCUUGCAGAGGUUUUUCUAUGUGGACUUUGGUGGCAGACCACCACAAGGCUCUGAAGUUACAGUUCCAGUCCAGCCAUCUGAAAAGAGAUCCGAACACCCUGAUCAUAUUGGUGGCUACAAGCUUGCUAGGGCCGUAUUCUCUGGCAUGGAGUCUAAAUUUGGUCUUUUCCUUCCAAGAUAUCGGCUGCCUGCAAGUGGUGAAGCAGUCUAAAGACUUAGAAUGAACAGCAUUUCAAGCUUUCAUUGUCUUAGUUAAGUUAUUUAUCCAAGCCCACAUAUACAAAAAAUCUUUAACAAGAGAAAGAAAACCCAUAGAAAUAGGUGCUACAUUUUGAACUUUCAACUAUUGUAGUGUGUGUGUGUGUGUGUGUGUGUUCAUGUUUUAAAGUUUUUUUUAUUGAUUAUUAGCACAGCCUUCCCCAAGUUGGUCUUAAGUUUCCUAUUACAAAGUUUUAUAGAAUAAAUCGGAGUGACAGCAAAAUGAAAUCUUUCAAAGAU